GUUUGCUAUUUUGCACCGAUCUUUUAAUGUUUGGAACAGGCUUAUUGUUGACAAUCACAAUGUUAGCAAAAAGUGUUCGAUAAAAUAUGAAGAGAGCGUUUUUAAAACUGAGACUUCAACCAGAUUGACUAAUGAAGUGAUCAGUGAUCAUCUCAUUUAUGGUGAUGCUUAGGUUUGAUGACGUCAAAUUCAAUUAGAAAAGUUUAGAAAACUUAAUUGAAAAGCUUACACAUAGAAUCACGUGACUGUCCCCUUUGAAAUAGAGGCGCGUCAAAAUGGCGACCGAAGAUUCAAUAGCGAGUAAGAAUAAUGUUUUACAAAUAUGGACAAUAAUUUAAGUAUAAUCUUAUUGUUUAGCUUCUAAUUAUAACUUUGAACGAUGGCUAUCUUUUAAUUUUUGUUAGUUAUCAUGAGGAAUAAAAUAAGUCGAAUGUUCAAAAUAUUUAAAUUUAUUGGACCAAGCCGCCAAAGCCGAACUAAUUUAAAUUUGAACAAUCUACCUUAAAAUGUGGCAUUUAUGUUUUCUAGUAAAAUUUUAAAAUCAUGAAUAUUCUUUCAUUUAAGUUUUAAGCUUUAAAAGGGUUAGUUCAAGCAGUUGAAAUAGUAGACUAAGUUUAACUUAGUGUAAGUUUAAGUAGGUAGGAAAACUUCAAAAAGGCCACCUACCUGCACUUUCAUCACCAGGACCAGCACAUCAAUUAUGACUAUCAUUAGUCAUUAGUCAUGUAAGGGUCAGGGUUGACUAAAAACUAGAUUUCAAAUACGACAUCAAAACAUAUUAUAAAUUCAUAAAUGACAAUCAUAUGACAUAGAUGGCAUAGGCAUAUAUUCAAGGUUUAGAAUAGAUUAAUUAGCAUAGGCAUGUGUCUAAAAGUUUAAAAGGUAAAAGUAAAAUUACUAGUACUAGCCUGCUGGUUGUAAUUAAUUAAUUGGAGCAAAGUAUUCAAAGCAACACAAAAACAAAAAAUAAUAACUUAACCUAAUACAAAAAUAAGCCUAGAGUAGAGUGCCUAAUCCUAUACUUAACCAAAUAGAAUUUUAAAAUAUUUAUAAAUAAAGAUAACUUGAAACUUGCACUUAUUUUAAUGCACUUGGAUGGUAAAUUUGAUUUAUUUAAUUAAAAAUUUGCUUCAAAAUUAACUAUUAGACUAUAGUACCCCUACGCUGCUUUCAAUUGUAUUUUUAUGUAUUAUUGUCAGCAUUAGGCCUAUUUGUUUUUGUCACCUUUAUUGCCUUGAAUUUGGGCUUAAAAUUUUUGUGUAGGCCUGAGUCUAAUUAAUUUGUUAAUUCAUCUUGUUAAUAUUUAUAAUAUCAAAAAAUUGUUCUUUUGGUAAAUUUUGUAAUAUUUAUUAUUACAUCAAGGUUCAGCACAAGCUCUAGUCAGUUUAAAAGAGGGUAAGUGAUAGUCAUUUCAUAGUCAUUGUUUUAUCUUGAUUAGCCAUGGCUACAACAAUGGCAUGGGUUGUUAGUACAUGACCAGAGCAAAUAUAUAUUUCUAAGAGGCUACAGACUACAGUCUAGUUAAUUUAUUCAUCUAAAAUAUUUCCAGAACUUAUCAUAGAAAGCAGGCAUAGACAAACUCAUUAUUUUGUAUCAUUAUUUCCUUCCAGGAUUAGGCUCUCCUCAAAGAUCAGGCCACUAUGUAAGUUCAUUUUUAAUGACCAAAAAAAUUGAAAAAUAAGUUUUAUUUUAUAGUGACAUUCAUGUCUUUCAACGUUAAUUUAUUUAACUUAAGUCAUCUUGAAGUGUCCAUAAAAUAUGUUUUAUCAUUUUUUUUGUUCCUAAAAACUGUUAAGUCGCCUUAGUAAAAAGAAUGUAGUAUCAUAUUUCUAGUUGUAAUGUUAUAAGUUUGACAUAACCUUCAUGUUUGUCUAGACUCUCGCUCUAACUUUUAACUUUAGAAACAAAUAGUUUGUUAAUUUCUUCACCAUACACAUGUGUUCUGAUGAUUAUGAUGAAAAUUGAAGUUAAAAUUUCAAUAAAUUCAAAAAUCAUCAUAUUUUAGGUUUAAAUAGAAUUAUUAGAAAUUAUCGAAACUAACUUUUUAUUUUAUUUUAUAGGUAACUAAAAUGUCAAAAUUUUGAAUGCCUUAGCUAAUUUUGUUAAAUGUUGACUAACCUUGUAUUAAAAAUAUCAUGGCACAUCUUUACUUUUAGUGUGCUAAAUAUUUUAUCAGUUAUUGUUGAAUUGCUUGACUUCUUGUGUUUACAAUCCCAAAUAGACAUGCGUCAGAAGUUACAAAUGUGUCAAUAAUAGCAAAGUUUUUGAUAUUUGUGAUGGAGAAAUAAAUUUUAAAAGUCAUACCUUUAAAUAUAUAACAUAAUUUUUCUGCCUUUCUAACAACUUAAAUUGUUAAUUUACUCCUUCAUUCAGCCAGCUCGGAUAAGAAAAAAGAAUGCUAGGUUCUUUAAUGAUGAUGAAGAGACAGAUUACCAGGUCACAAGGACACCUAAACGUCGGGUUAUUCAAGCUCCUGUAGUAAGUAGACACAAUUAAGCUCAGUUCAGUAUAUGUCAGUUUAUUUUUAUAUAUGUUAAAGAGGCAAACUUUCCAAGAGAUCGUCGCAUUAAAAUAUGGUUGACAAAUAAUUAUGAGACCAUGUACACUGGCAAUGAUACCAGGUACACUGGUAAUGAGACCAGGUACACUGCCAAUGAGACCAGGUACACUGGCAAUGAGACCAGGUACACUGGCAAUGAGACCAGGUACACUGGCAAUGAGACCAGGUACACUGGCAAUGAGACCAGGUACACUGGCAAUGAGACCAGGUACACUGGCACUAUUGGAACCCUGAAUUAAUCCAAGGCAUAAUUGCUUUUUCAUCUUGUUGAAAUAAAUGUGGUAUGUCUUUUAUGUUUGAUUUGAGCAUUUUGAUUCAUUUCCACUUUCAAUUAAAAGUAAAUUACACAACUCUUAUCCUCAAUAAAUCAUGGUUUCUUUCAGCUUCUUCCUGUACAAGAGUAUGUACCGAUCCCUGUGGGGCUUGAUAAAAGAGCUGCCCAGGCAACUGGCAUGCGAUUGCGGAACUUGCUUAAGCUCCCCAAAGCACACAAAUGGGUUUGCUAUGAGUGGUUUUACUCAAACAUUGAUGCGUAAGUGUGAACAUUUCAGUUACAAUCUUCCUUUGCUAACUUUUAGGAAACUAGUAAUUAAUGUUGAGUUUGUUGUAAUCACAGAUAUAUGAUGCCGAACUGUGCUUUAUGUAGUCUGAUAUAUUAUUGGCUUUGAAAAUUUCUACAUUUCACCAUUGUUAAAUAAAGACUGAGUUUUUAAAAGGUCAAUUUUAUCAAGUUUUAAAGUUAUGAUAGUUAGAAAUUACAGACUUCAACAUAAAAGAGUUGUCCUAAUUGAAUAAAUGUUUGUUUUAAAAAAAAAGUACAAGUAUCUCUCCGUUUGUUUCGUUGGAUAAUAGAUAAAAACAGUCAGCUUUUUCAAAGCUUUGAAUUUAAAAUAAAAUUAACUAAAGCAUUAAGAGUGCUAACUUGGUUUUUAAAAUAUUUUCCUCAGGCCCUUGUUUCUAGGAGAAAAUGAUUUUUGCAUAUGUUUGCGUGAAUCUUUCCCCCAACUUAAAUGUAAAAAGCUGAGACGCGUGGAGUGGAAUAAAAUCAGGAGGCUGAUGGGUAAGCCUAGGAGGUAAGAGAACAAGAAAACCAUCCAUAUUUAGUACUUGUAUAAAAUGCUUCCAUUUAAACUUGAGUACUCACCAUUAUUAGGACAUGUCGUUGACGGGAACAUCAUAUCACUUCUACUUAAGCUACCCUUCUGUUUAUGAUUGAUAUUUUGAUAAUUUUUAUGGCCUCAAGACUUAGAUAUGAGUGUGUUUAGAAAAGUUUUAAGUUUAAAAAUUCAAAGGUUUUUCACUCAAGCAAGGCUUUACUUGUAUUUUGUCUUGGAUUAUUUUUGGGUUCCAAUAAUGCCAUUGUAGCUGGUCUCAUAAUUAUUGUCAAUUACGAAGAAAGAAUAUAAAAAUGUUAAAUUUUAUUAUCAUGUUAAUUGAUAACAAGAAAUAUAUUCAGAGUCUUCCUGGGGUGUUGGUAAAUCUCAGGUAAAGAAAUCAUAUUUCAAGAUUAAAAUUUGUUAACACCUGUACAUUAUAUAUUUCAACGAUGUAGACUCCAUAAUAAAAGAAUGUUGUUUUUUUUGUUUGUUUUUUUUUUUUUUAAAGGUGUUCACCAGCUUUCUUGGCAGAGGAGCGGGCCGUUUUGGAAGAGAGAAGGGACAAAAUCAGGCAGCUGCAGCAAAGAAAGAUGUUAGAGUUUAGUUCCAUUAAAGAGUUACCUGAUGAAAUACCCUUACAUUUAGUCAUAGGCACAAAAGUUACAGGUAAUAAUAAUAAUAAUAAAGUUUAUUUGAAAAUCACGCUUCAUCCCCAAAAGGCUUGAAGGGCACUAAAUCAUAUCGAUGGAUUUACAGACUGAGAUUGAGACAACACCUUUGUCAGUGAACUUUGAAAGAGAAUACACUCAAUGUGACAGGUACCCCUUCCUCGAUGAAGACACCAGAAGAAAUACGCAUUAUCUCAAGUCAUGGCAAAGCUCCAAGUGUAGACUCCAUCCCAGCUGAAUCCUACAAAGGAGGUGCUGCAGUUCUGCAAGGCCUCACCAUCUGUUCUAAACAAUGUGGUAGCAAUUGACGUUCCUGCAGGAUUUCAGGGAUACCGCUAUCGUUCCCUGUGCUCAGGUGUUCUUAAAUCUAAUCUUUCUAUGCAGCUGAUGAGAUCUCGCAGAACUGGGUGAUGUGGUCCUAUUUCUUUAUCCGCGAUACACUGGUUGAUUGUUAUGAGUUAAAAGUUUAGCUACUAAACAAUAUCCAACUAUCCAGGAAUAACAAAUUUGAGAGAAACAUUCCAAAAUGAGAAAAUGUGGAGAAGUACUGUUGUCUUUUAGCAAGACACUGCUGAAAACAAAGUUGUUUGACUAGAUUUAUAUAGGAAAUUUGGUUUACAAAAUUUAGAAUACAGCUAGAUUUGCAUCUAUCUCACAAACUGAUUAUCAUAUCUAUCUGAUUCACCAUCCCUCCAUCAGCAGUUAACUGGUGUAUACCAGAUUCUUAUUGUUCAGAAUUUUGUUUCUGUUGCGAUGGCAUAAACUUGAAAGUGACAGACUUUAAACUAAUUAUAAAAAUCAUGAUUAAGUAUCUUAUUUAAUUCAUGGGUUAAGCCAUAUAUUUCUGUCUUUUUCAGCUCGUCUACGCAAACCACAAGAUGGACUGUUCACUGGUACGAUUGCUGCCUUGGACACAGCUGACAAUUCUUACAGAGUGACUUUUGACAGACCAGGUCUUGGGACACAUUCUAUACCUGACUAUGAAGUUUGGGUAGGUUCGACAUCAAAUAAAAACAUAUUGGGUUUUAAAGAGUGAAAUUCAUCAGCCUUCAGUGACUCACAUGUCCAAGCAUAUAACUGAUAUGUAAUGUCUAUUUGAUAACUUUGUUAUGAUAUUUGAAGAAAAAUAAAAUGAACAUUGGUAGAGAAGCUUUUAUAUUUAUAGUUUGUUAAAAAAAAUUAUUAUUUUUACUGAAAUAAGUUUUUAUUGUAAAGGCAAUUGCAGUUGAAAACAUCAAGAUCGUAUUUAAAGUUACAGUAGCAUCUGUAAUAUUUUCGUGCAUACUGUUCACUGGCUUCUUAGAUGCUACUUUUAACAUUGCCACAAUCCGCAUCAUCAUUUUAAUUAUCUUCAUUAAGGAAUUUUUUCUCAUUUUGGCUCAUUUCUUUGUCCUUUGCUUUGAUUGCCAGAGUGAGGAACCACCGGACACAAUAUCCAUCACAUCCUUUCAGGAGAAACCCAAACGCCAGUCAAUUAAGCCAAGCUUCCACAACGCUCCGCCAAAAUUUAUACCCGGCUAUGUUUCACCCAAUAAUUCAUCUUUUGUAAGUUUAGCUUUUAACGGCCUGCGCUGCAGUUACUGUAAGUUGUCCCUCUAUCUUUGAUGACAUUAAAAAAAAAUUUUGAAGAUCUUUUACUUAUCUGUAAAAUAAUCACAGUUAAUAGCGUUCAUUCUUUUGCUUGAGUCUUAAGUUGUAUUUUUCCUCUUCUCCUCUAGCAAACUGGUGGUGAUGUCUCUAUUAGGCCUGUAGUAAGUGAACUUUUAUUAAUAAGUGAAUUUAUUAAUACUUGAAUUUAUAAUAGUUUUUUUUUUUUAGCUGGCUGUUGAUCAAAUUGAGUAUUACUUUUCUUAAUAAUUCUUAUGCAGAUAUUACAUUUAAGAAUAAAAAAGUAUAUUUGAAAACUCAUGUUUUGAACCCAAUAUUAAAAAUAAGAAUGUAUCAAUAAGUAUUCAUUCAGUUUAAUUCGGGGAGAUAUCUAACCUGGUAUUAUUUUUGUUUAAAGAAAACCCCCAAUUUCUGUGAUUUGAAUGACUAAAUAAACAAAAUGGGUACAUUCGUGAAUAAGUCUAGUGAUUUUAAUCAUAAACUUCAUUUUAAAACUCUUUUGACUAAUUCAUGGGGCAGGGCUAAUGUUGGUAGAAGUUUUUUCAUUGAAUGCGGGGCAAUGUCGAACGACCGGUAUCGCAAGUGCACCUGCUGUUAGCAUAAUGUCAACCCAGAUACCGAGUACAGACACACACACACACACACACAGAUGGAGAUUUUGAUACAGGCAUCUGGUAUGAUAUGCCUGGAGUCAAUCAUACACUAGCAAUAAUUUAGUCUAAAGUGCAACCAUUUCUGGCAGAAUUAUAAAAAUCACAGAAUUUAAAAGCCCCCAAUUUUACCCUCGACAUAUCAAGUCCUGGCAUAUUUCAUCAUUUUUGGUAAAAAUAAUUGCCCUUGACUUAUAGACGAGUAUGUACAGUAAUUGAUUUACAGCAUCCUUAUUUUUAAAAGAAAAUUUUAACUUGAGUAGCUCAUGUUGAGAAUUGUACUAUUGUUAUGUUUGUAACUCUUUUGUUGUGUAGUUCGCUCCACCCGAGGGGAUGGAAGCACAAUCACCGUUUAAAGGGAAGCUAGUGAGCUUGGAGGGAGGUACUUACGGUGGCUUCCCCAUCAAAUUUCUGGUCCUAGUGGUAAGUUGUCUUAGAUUCAACCUGUUGUCAUGGAGCCAAACCACCUGUUUCAUUCAUUCAAAAUGUCCGAUUUAGUGAUGCUUAGAAUGUGAUAAGAUUGAGUGACAGAGUGCACUAGCAAAAAAAUGGUUUUAUAAUAAGUAAUCUGUUUCUUAAUUAUUUAACUGCAUUUUAUGAUAAAUAUAUGCAUGUUAAAUAAUUAAUUUCAUAACAACAUCAAUGAUUUAUCUUGGACCUUAAAUGCGUGCACCCCCACCCUUUUCAAAAUCUAACCUACAAUGUUUAAAACAUAUUGAAUAAUUGGACUGGACUGAAAUACAACCUUAGAAAUUUUGUAUUAUAAUUAUACGUUUUCAUGAAAAUCGUAAUACUUUUGUGUGUGUAAAACUUAACAUACCCACAUGGAGUAAAAUUAUGGAAAUAAACAAAAUAAAAAAUGCUGUGUGCAAAACAUAACACAAACUUGUACACUUGAAAACAUAGAUUUAUGUUGUUUAAAAAAAAAAAAUUAUAUUAAAUCUUUACUGUCUAGACACGAUUAUCCAAAAUUCUUCAAGUGAAGAAAGAUUGGAUCAAGCAGCUGAGUGACAUGAACAGCACGGCUGAGAAAAAGGUAAACAUGCUAUUGUUAAUAUUAGUUCGUUUUAAGGAAUUUUUAAAAAGUGUGAACCAUUAAAUAAAAAUAUAUGCAAAUUUGUAAAACAAUAUGAUUCACAUUACCAAGACAAAAUUUAAUUUUUUUUUCAUCUAUUAUUCAAAAUAAAUAUUCAUAUACCGGUAACUACAAAUGCUUGAUUCUUAUGAAGUAAUGCUUUUUAACAUGCUGAUAGGCCAGAAGCAUGGAUUGAUAAAUAUUUCAUUGUAAAUGGUUACACCUUUGAUGUCCAGUGAGGAAGAAAUAAAAUAAUUAUUUGCAACUUGAUCUAUGAAUUCAGUCUGAAGUCUCUUCACUCGUGUUAGACAAGUCAUUAAAAUAAUUUUUUAAAAGUCCAUCUCUAGUAAACAUUGAUUGUUUAGUGGAUAGGAAAAUUAAGUGUUGAGAAGAAUGCUAUACAUGUAUCAACUAUCAUUGACUGAAUUAAUUUUUCCCCCCAGAGUUCCUUCCAGGAGUCAAUAUCGCUAGAAUUUCAAAAAACAUAUGCAGGAAUUGUUUUGGAGCUGGAGAAGCUGAACAAAGAUCUGAAUGAUUACCUCAACGGUGUCCAGACAUAUUGUCUUGAUGUAAGAUGGCAUGCUUUUGUGUCGCUACUGGCACAUUCACUCUAGCCAUAAAGUGUAGCUUUUAUUACUGUCGUGAAAGUGCGUCACUUUUCUAUGAUUUUAUUGAAAACAAGAUAAAAAAAACCUGUCUUUUUAUAAUCUUGUGUGGGAAAGCAAAACAAUUAUAACAGUUUUAUUCAGUGUGGCUAAUUUUAAAAAAUCAAUCUGAUUUUUGUCCAGAUUUCCCCUGAGGUUGGUGUGACCCCCGCAGAGCCACCAUCAGAAAUUAGACGAAAAUGUGACGAAGAGGCAGAAGAAACAGUUACAAGAAUUUGUCGUGUGAGUCCAGAAUUUGAUGCACCAAAAGUUUUUAUAACAAGAGAUUAGUUACUAUUUUCUUAGAGAUCUUUAUUGGUUAAUUUUUGUGGAUAACUAAGUACGGCAAACACAAUGUUUGUUAUUAUUGGUGAUCUGUUUGGAAUGGAAAAAUGUUAUUACUUAUGACAGGUUUGAAUAAAAUGGUUUCCCUAAUGAACUCUGUUUGACCCCUUCAACAGGGAAUGCUUCAGAAUCGCAGGACGGCUAAUAAUGAAAGAAUUCUCAAGCUAGUUUCUGAUCUCACUUCAAUAAUGCUUCAAAUAAGGGUAGGUGUACGUAGACCUGCACAAUUUAAUUGAAGUUUAUCAUUGUGAAGUUCUUAGAGUUAAUUUAAUAUUUAACUGUAUCUCACAGAAGUGUUUUUAAUAAUGCUUUUAUCAUUUUUAAGUAAAGUUGCAUUGGUGCCAUGCUGAGUUUAGGAGAGACAUCUUUGUUUUAAAAAUCUAUUGGGACAGGAAUGUGAUUUUUGCAGUGUUUAAUUUACACAAUUGUGUUUCUUUUAACCAGACAUUCUCAGAAAAUGAAAACAGUUCAUUUGAAUUUGGUUCACUUCAAGAGAGUUUACAUGAUAUAAAAGGGAGACUAGAUGCAAAUAACAUCAAGUAAGUAACCUGAUUGGUCUACCUUAAAAGCUUGUUUAAAAUUCAUCACUGACAUUUUCUCCAGGUAAACUCAUACUAUUUGGAUGUAUUAUAUUUAAGGAUGUUAAAGUAAAGGAUGAUUUCAUUUCUGGUUAUCUGUUUCAAAAAUGAAUAUUGAAAAAAAAAACAAAGCACUUUACAAUAUCAGUACUACAUCACUUACUUACCAAAACAGUUGCAUAACUCAUCAUUUCCAUAAAGCUCAUCUUUUAUAUCUAUUACCUAUAGCUCAUCUAUUAUGUAACCCUUGUUUUACAUGUGGCUCAUCUUUUACAUCUUUUUAGUGUAGCUCAUCAUUUGCAUAAGUCAUCUUUUACGCAAAACUCACCUUUUAUGAUAACUCAUCUUUUAGAUAUAGGUUAUCUUUUAUGAUAACUCAUCUUUUAGAUAUAGGUUAUCUUUUAUGCAUAACUCAUCUUUGAGAUAUAGUUUAUCUUUUAUGCAUAACUCAUCUUUGAGAUAUAGUUUAUCUUUUAUGCAUAGCUCAUCUUUUAGAUAUAGGUAAUCUUUUAUGCAUAGCUCAUCUUUUACCAAACACAUCUUUCAGUGUGUAAAAUUGUUCCUUAUAAUUUUAAUAAUUGUUUUUUUAAAUGAUUGGCCAAAAAAAAUGCAGGAAAAUUGAUACAUGUUUCAACAAUGAACAAAAUCUUACAAUUUUUUAAAUUUCAUAUUGUCAAAGAUCGGUUGGAAUCCCAAGAUUACUAAAAUGGCUGGUUACUCCAAUCCCCCCCCUCCCCCCAAUUUAUAGACAAAUGUCACUCAAGUGUCACAUAGGUGACAAGAGUGGUAUCAUUUCAACAAAUCUUUGCCUUUUUAUAAUUUUAAGAGAGUUCUCAAGAUUUUAAUUUUUUCAUUCUGCAUAUGACAACAAUUGUGUUUGUUUUUUUAAAAGUAAUUUUCUAUUUUAAUUUAUUUCCAGUGUCUUCCAGAAUAAUGUAGAGAUCCACAUCAACCACAUCCAGAGUGGAUUAAGUCAGAUGGGAAACCUCCAUGCCUUUGCAGCGUCCAGUCGGACAAAAUUAUAGCAGCUUUGAAAAUAAAACUUGAACUUGUAAUUUUUUGUAAAUGAAAUAUGAACAAUAAAUAUAAAUAAACUUGUUCAUCAUUCUUAUUAAAUGUUUUAUUGAAAUAAAUUGUAGAUAGAUAUCAAGUUAG